AUGAUUUUGAUAAUCAGCUUGUAUGAAGAUGAUCUAAUCUACACAGGCAAUAAUAAAAAGAUGUUUGAAGGUUUCAAAGAAUCUAUGAAGAAGAUGUUUGCCAUGACUGAUAUGGGGAUGAUUCGAUACUUUAUAGGGGUGGAAAUGAAACAAGAAAGUAAUGGAAUUUUCAUAGGCCAACAAAAAUAUGCCAAUGAGGUUCUCACAAGAUUUGGCAUUGAUGAAUCCAACAAAGUUUGUAACCCUAUUGUGUUAGGUUAUAGGUUGACAAAGGAUGAAAGUGGCAAGCUAGUUGAUGCCACAAACUACAAGCAGAUGGUGGGGAACUUGAUGUGUCUACUUGCUACUAGGUAUGAUAUUUCAUAUUCUGUCUGCCUGGUGGCAAGGUAUAUGGAGCGACCAAUUGAAGCUCACUUGGAAGCAACAAAAAGGAUCCUGAGGUAUUUCAAAGGAACUGUGAAUCUGGGAAUUCUUUAUAAAAUAAAUGAGGAAGCGAUGUUGCAAGGGUGGUUGGACUCUGGUUAUGCACGAGAUAAUGAUGAUAAAAAAUAG